AUGACGCGCUUUGUUGGUGUGCGAAGCGCAGCUUUAGCGUCUCUCGCAGUCUCUGCCUCCUCGAAGAGAGGAGGGACGACUUUGAAUCGAUCGAUGAUUCUUUUUUAUCGUCCUCCUCCUCGGUGUACCAAAGGGAGUUUUAGUGCUUUGAUGCGCAAAAAGAUGAUGUCUUCGUCUUCGUCUUCGGUGUUGACGAAGCACACGACGACGCGUGGUUUUUCCUCCCACCCGUCGGCGAAAUCAGCACCCCCACGAAGGAGGUUCGCACGGGCGAGUGAUUUUGCGUGUCGUCAUCAAACGUCCUCCUCCUUUUCCUCCGCCUCUUUUUCUUCCUCUUCUUCUUCUUCUUCUCGGGGGAGUUUGAACGUCCGUAAGAGUACUACCAACAACGAGGCGAGUAAAGACGCGCAGAUUUGGAUCGACAGUUGGAAAACUGGCGGCGGUGGCGGCGGAUCGUCGGGGGGCGGAUUUGGAGGCGGUGGCGGCGGCGGUGGCGGUGGAGGAGGAGGAAACGGGAGCAGUAAAGCGACUUCUAUGUGGGCGAUGUAUUUGUUGCUUUUGGAAUCGAACCCGCUGGCGACGAAAAUGUGGACCUCGGGCGCGCUCAACGCGUUCGGCGACCUCCUCGCGCAGUUCUUGUUCGAAGACGGCAAAAGCGUCGACGUGAAACGGACGUUGACGUUUACCUUUUUGGGCGCGUUUUUGGUCGGACCGGCGUUGCACUUUUGGUACGGGAUAUUAGGGAAGAUUGUGACCGUCGGCGGUUCUCUCGGCGCGGGCGUGCGGUUGGGUUUGGACCAGUUGGCGUUCGCGCCGGUGUUUUUAGCGACGUUUUUAAGCGCUUUGUUCGCGAUUGAAGGCAACACGGACAAGUUGCCGAAUAAAUUGAAACAGGAUUUGUUUCCGACGGUCGUGGCGAAUUGGAAGAUUUGGGUGCCGUUCCAGUUUUUGAACUUUCGAUUCGUGCCGGCAAAUUUACAGGUUGGCGCGGCCAACGUCAUCGCGUUGGCGUGGAACGUGUAUUUAAGUUGGGCGAGUCAUAAGAAAGUUCCGGAAGUUGUUAUCGAAGGAAAGAAUACCAAGAAGAAAGGAGGCAAGCGAUGA